CUAUUCCCAAACUCGGAACUAUCGUACGGAAAUGAUAAGAAAUGCAACACAUGCUGGAAGCUGGUACUCUGGAAAUCGCAACCAGUUAAACGACAGACUUCAGUCCUACCUUGACAGUGUACCAGCUACUACCGACGACAAUACUCCCUACCCGGUAAAAGGAACGAAAGCAAUUAUUGGCCCACAUGCAGGGUACUCUUAUAGUGGCCCAACCGCUGCUUAUGCGUACAAAUGCAUUGAUAUUGAACCUAUAACUCGUGUCUUUAUUCUAGGACCAUCGCAUCACGUCUACCUUGAUGCUUGUGCGGUACCAUCGGCAGUCGAGUACGAGACUCCGCUAGGUAACCUCCAAAUCGACACCGAUACUGUGGAGGAGCUAAAGAAGACCGGUCUCUUCAAAGCAAUGAGUAACUCUGUCGAUGAGGACGAGCAUAGCAUCGAGAUGCAUUUACCUUAUACCUACAAGAUUUUUGAAAGCAAAAUUGAUAGUAUCAAGAUUGUUCCAAUCAUGGUAGGAUCGAUAUCUGCUGAAAAGGAAAAGGUGUAUGGUGCUGCUCUUGCGUCGUAUCUGGCCGACCCCCAUACACUCUUUAUCAUUUCAUCGGACUUCUGUCAUUGGGGCUCACGUUUUCAGUACCAAUACUAUAAGGCAGAAAAUUCCUCUAGUCCGCUACAUCUGAGGCAGUCGAGUAAACCAAGUGAUAUCACAACUCCAAUACACAAGUCCAUUUCGAACCUGGAUCAUGCUGGAAUGAAGAUAAUUGAAGAUCUGGAUCAUAAAGCCUUCACUAAAUACUUGCGAGAGACCGAAAACACUAUAUGUGGUAGACAUCCAAUUGGUGUACUUUUAGCUGCGCUUGCCAAGCUUAAGGAACAGGGCCAACAUCAACGUUUGAAAUUCGUUCACUAUGACCAGAGCAGCCCUUGUAAGACCCCUAAGGACAGUAGUGUAAGCUAUGCUAGCGCAUUUGCAAUCACCGAAUAAUCUCAAAUCCUUUUCUUUCCUAUUUCCUUAUUGUGCAAACUUUUCGCUCCACUGGAAUUUGAAGUAAACUUUUGAGUGUAUUGAAAAA